AUGUCCACGGCAAACGCUACGACUGCUCACAUGCUCUCGACAGAAGCACCAGCAUCUACACGGAAAAAGACAGGAACAACAAGAUCUCCCUCCCGUAGUACUAAAUCUACGCGAUCAGUCACAGAUAUUACCAUGGCCACCCGCGACAUCCAGACUUCAUCCACAUCUCUCUACUCACCUAGAACAGACUCUAAAGUCUCGACCACCUCUGCCUCUCGGCAGACCAAAACGCCUGAUUACACGAUGCUGGUUUCCACUGUCAUUCCCGAUACAACGAUUCCAAUAGAUAACGUUACAACUGAAAGUACAACGAAAGCCCCGGUCUCGGUGACUGAUGUCACAAGCAAGCAACGAACACUUAGAACACGGGUGCCAACAACAUUGAAAAGCACAGAUGUAACGGAUUUUCAAUCAGCGAGUACUGCAAGCUCAUCAAAUGCUACUAUUAGUCCAUCCCUUUCACCUAAAACAACAAAAUCAGCAUCUCCAGUGUCUUCACGAAGUCCAUAUAAUACAACGCCCAUGUCCAGCACCCUGGGGUCGAAACAAACAACUGUAAAUCAAGGCAAUCUUUCCACUGAAGCUUUAGAUUCAACAACUUUAAUUGAAAUCACAGAUACAGAAUCUCCUUACAACGCCACAGCAACUUCUGCAGCUCGAUUUACCACCACACAAACAAAGACGACUCUGUUACCAAACGAAACCAUUACUAGGCAUGAAGAUGUAUCCACUCUCACCAGCUACGGCAUCAACUUCACCACAAAGAUCUUCCGUAUCCAGCCCUAA